CUCCGUGAGACAUUCACUCACCCAUAUCCGGGUUAGAGAGGAAAAGGAUGAGAAAAGUUUCAUUUAAAACCUGGACUAAAACUUCCAACAUGAAGCCGCACUGACGCGACUGUCAGUGGAUCUUUUUUUUGCAUCUAGUAAUACAACACCGACUGCUUUCUCGGAGCUUCGUUUGUUCUGCUGAAGACAUUUUCUUCCCUCUGUUUGCCCUCAAUUCUGCCCUUAACUGUUUGGUGUGCGCAUUUUUGGCUCUCACCGGGGGAUGUUGGAGUGACCAUGGCCGCGCAAGUGGCAUCAGCGCCGGCGGCAUCUAAUAAUAAAAACAAAAAAUUAUCCGGAGGUUUGAGUCAAGAAUUGAACUCUGGAAAAUCAGGAGGGACGACGCAGGGAUCUGGAGCAAUGCUUGGAGCCGGAGACGGGGCUACGAGUCUGAAUAAUGUAGACCACCGUCUAACGACUGAGUUGAACAUAACCAACAGAACUUGUACACCAGCGAACAAUAAUUCUGACAAGACUAAGGAAAGUGGAAAUAUAACAACUUCUGGUUCUUCGUCCAACUCGACGACAUCUCCGAAUAUGGAAACGGGUUUGAUAUCAAAUCACAAACUGAAAGGCAUCGGAGGAGAUCUCCCCUCAUCUAUGAACCGCGCGCCUCAGCAGACACAGUUCAGCCAGUUUCCUCAUCACCAGCGCCAGCUGCAAAGUAACAACAUCAAGAACCAAAUCAUGACAUUGGGAGAUAACGACAAUCAGCAGCACGGAGGUAAAGAGAAUGUUUUGGGGAGACAUGUUGAGCAUCAGCAAAUGCUGAAUAAAGGGGCAGAGGAUCAGCCAUGCAAACCAGAGCAGAUGGGCAGCAGGUUUGAGCAAGCCAACUUUGGACCAGCGAACACGAAUAACCACGCUCAGACUGCUGGUGGCAAAAGUGGCGCUUCUGAGUUUAAUAAUUAUUAUGGUAGUAAUUCAAGAGCAGGACCCUGCUUUGAUCAACAUGGCGGCCAACAAAGCCACGGAAUAGGAAUAAUGCAUUCCUCGACUAACAAUAAUGUGGAAAACUCACAUGAAAGCUAUAACAGUCAGUACAACCACUACCCCGGGUACCGACAGGGCUACGGCAGCGCGGGCUACGGUAUGAUGGGCGGCUCGCGCCAGGGAAGUAACAUGUUGAUGGGUCAAAGCAGCAACUCUUCUGGCCAGAGCAAAGGCUUGCCAUCUGCAAGUUCGUCUGGAGGAAAUAUCGGGAGCUUUCAGAGAUUUCCUGGACAAAGCCAGCAUCCUUCGGGGGCUACUCCGACAUUGAACCAGCUUUUGACAUCCCCCAGUCCUAUGAUGCGAGGAUAUGGUGGUGGUUAUCCAGAGUACAGUGGCUCGGCUUUACCUCAAGCGGGUAUGGGGAUGAGCAAAGAGAUAACUUCUCAGUAUGGAUCUUCGGCCCAUGGAUGGGGAGGCCAACGGAAUCACCCCGGUAUGAGCCCUGGAAACGGAGCUCACGGAAGUCUGAACAGACCUCAGGUGGGUUCCAUGGACUUUGUGGUGAUGAAGCGUUCUCAGCUGUAUGGGAUGGGCAGUGGCAGCAACCCUUAUUCACAGCAACAGCAGCAGCAGCAGCAGCAGCAGCAACAGCAGCAGGCACAGCAAGUGCAGCAGCAGCAGGCACAGCAACAGCAGCAACAAGGCGGGCCUUACCCAGGACAGCCAUACGGAUCGCCCGCCUCCCACCGCUACCCAAUGGGAAUGCAGGGGCGUGGCCAGCUCGGAAUGGGCGGGAUGCCGUACGCGCAGCCACAGCAGGUGCCCCCUCAGUAUGGGCAGCAGGGAAUGGCUGCGUACUGUCAGCAGGGCCAGCCUCCGUACUUCAACCAAUCCCAGCAGCAGCAGCCACAGCAGCAGCAGCCACAGCACCAGUCCGGAGGCUCAUCCCAGGCCGUCUACAUGCCUCCACGCGGUCAUACACAGCAGCAGCAGGAGGUAUCACAGGAGGCUUAUGGGACCAACAGAGGAGGAGGAGGAGGAGGAGGAGGAGGAGGAGGCAGUGGCAGUGGUGGCACCACCAACAACAACAGCACCAGCGCCACCAACAACAACAGUGGCAACAGCAGCACCAGUGGUGGUGGCAGCGGCACCCAGCACGCCGGGAACUCUAGGAAGUCCAACCAUGACGACGCGGGACAGGACCGCCCCUCCAGCCUACCGGACCUGUCCGGUUCCAUCGAUGACCUGCCCACGGGAACAGACCCUGGUGGUCACGGCUCUGGAGUCGGUGCCAGCUCAGGUGGAUCUGGCAAUGGAAGCAUCACCGGCAGCGGACCGGGCAGCAACAACAGCAACAGUGGCAGCGGCAGUAACGGCAGUCAGGGGGAGCCAAGCAACCCGGCCCGGUCCCCGCCCUUCUCCCCCCACGCCUCCCCUCGCCUGCCUGGGGUGCGCAGCGGGCCCUCCCCCUCUCCUGUGGGCUCCCCCAGCGGAUCCAGCCAGUCCCGCUCAGGACCUAUCUCCCCGGCCAGCGUGCCAGGAUCCCAGAGUGCUCCACAGACCACGGGGAGCAUGCCCGACGCGGCCCACCAUUCCACGGGGAACCAGUCUCAGGAGAGGGGCUUCAUGUCCAACAUGCACCGUAACCAGGCCAUGUCCCAGUUUGGCCCCCAGCAGCCAGGGGCCCCCAUGUCCCCCCACCGUUCCCCAGUGGGGCCCAUGCACCCGGGGAUGGGGCCCUACCAGCAGGGGGGCUCCUCCACCAGUGGCCCCUAUGGACACCAGGGCUCCCAAUACGGACCGCAAGGUAACUACACGAGACCGCCCAAUUACAGCGGCGCGCCCAAUCACAGUGCCAGCUACAGUGGGCCUGGCCCUGGCAUGAACAACGCCAGCGGCAUGGCGGCCAUGAAUGCCAACAGCAGCCCCAUACACGGACAAGGUCCCGGGGGGCACCCAAUGGGAAUGGGCAUGGGCCGGAACCCUGCAGCAGCAGCGGCAGCGGCAGCAGCUGGGGGAGGAGGAGGCCGGCAGUACCCGGGCAACAUGGCGCCAGGAAUGUCGCCUACAUCUCCCAGCAUGCCUCAGCAUCAGCAGCCUGGGAUGGGGCCUGGGAUGGGCCCUGGGACGGGGCCAGGGAUGGGGCCAGGGAUGGGGCCGCCUAUGGUGGGCCUGAACCGCAAGGCACAGGAGGCGGCGACGGCAGCUGUGCAGGCGGCAGCAGCUAGCACCGCACAGGGAAGAAGGUCUCCGUUCCCCAGGCCCCCUGUCUACACCAUCAGUCAGGGUCACCCUGGAACAGGCCACCCAAUGAGACACCCACCCGACGUCCCUUCAUCCACCCACACACCGACACCACACACAUCACCACCACCACCACCAAUAUCAAUGCCAUCUCAUGGGAUCCCCAACACCACCGGCACCCCCCACCACCACCACCACCACCGCAGCCAGCAGGUCCCCCAUCACGCCACUCAUCACCAGCAGCCACACGAGGCACAUGGGCAAGGAGGCUACAAUGCCUUGAACCAGAUGAGUGGCAUGGCAAGUGGCGCCCCUUAUGGCCAGCCCUAUGCCAAUGCCUCGGGAAUGAUGACAUCACAAAGAACCGCCCGCAACAGCACCCCAACCUCAGGUGUUGGGGGAGCGAGUGGUGGAGAAGGUGUGGGAGGUAUGGGCUGUGACCCCAAGCAGAGGGGGGAGGUCAAGGAGGAGCCCCCCAUGACAGAGAACACCAAACCCAAGGACGGCUUCAACUCCCAGUGUUUGUCCCAGCCCCCGAUCUUGUCUCCCCUGGCGCCCAGUCCGGCCAGCCUGCACUCCUCCUGUCACGGGGACGACAGCGACAGCAUCAGCAGCCCCAUCUGGCCCAAGACCCCCUCCAGUCCGAAGGCCAGCGCUGCUCCCCUAGCGGGGGACAAGGUGUCCCGGCUGUACGAGCUGGGCGGAGAGCCGGAGAGGAGGACCUGGCUGGACCGCUACCUCACCUUCAUGGAGGACCGCGGCACCCCCGUCACGCACCUGCCCGCCGUGGGCAAGAAGACCCUGGACCUCUACCGCCUCUACCUGGCCGUCAAGGAGAUCGGGGGCUUCGCCAUGAUGAACAAGAAUAAGAAGUGGAGGGAACUGUCCUCCACCCUGAGCGUGGGCACGUCCAGCACCUCGGCCAGCUCCCUGAAGAAGCACUACAUCCAGUUCCUCUUCGCCUACGAGUGCAAGGUGGAGCGCGGAGAGGAUCCCCCCAUGGACAGCUGCCCCGCGGGGGACAAGAAGCAGCAGCUGCCCCGGCCCCAGCCUCCAUCACCAGCCAACUCGGGCUCUCUGCAAGGCCCUCACACCCCACAGUCUACGGGCGGCAGCUCCAUGGGCGAUACCCCUGCAGACCUGAAGAGGCCCACUCCAGCCAACACUCCCCAGGGACACAUGCCCCCUGCACCUGGUGGCAGGAACAACUCUAUCAGCAUCCAGGACCCUUUCUCUGAUGCCAGUGACCCCAGCCUCCCCAAGCGGAGCUCCAUGGUCCCCGGCGGGCCCUACCAGGCAGACCCCAUGAUGAGGAUGCAGUAUGAGGCCAGCAAGGACCCCUUCUCCGGCAUGAGGAAGGUGGCUGGCUGUGGAGACCCGUACAUGGCGGGUCAGAUGCCCUCCAGUGCCAUGGGGGAGAUGUACGGCAGGGGCGUGUCUGGCACCAUGUCUGCCCUGGGCAUGGGCCCUCGCCCACAGUACCCCUACGGAGCCUACGACAGGAGGUCUGAGCACAUGAUGGGGAUGGAGGGCAGCAUGGGUCCCCCUGGAGCUCAGGGAGGAGUGGGACCAGCUAGCAGUGAUGGAGCCAUGUACCCUGGAGGCAGAUAUCCCUCACAGAGGCAUGAUGGUUAUGGGCAGCAUUACCCUGGAAUGCCAUACGGCGUACACCCUUCUGGAAUGUUCCCACAGCAACAGAGCUACAAGCGGGCCCUGGACGGCAUGUACGGCCCCCCAGCGAAGCGUCACGAGGGGGAGAUGUACGGGAUGGCCUAUGGCGGCCAGCAGGCUGACAUGUACAGCCAGUACAGCAGUGGCUACCAAGGCCCUGACCGACGCUCCAUGCAGAGCCCCUUCCCCUACCCCUACGGCCGCGACCGUAUGGGCCCGGGACAAGGCCCCCCACAGCAGAGCAUGGCUGCUCAAAUGCUCGGUGCCGGAUCCCCCUCAGCCACCAGCGGAGAGGUCCCCAACAUGUGGCCCUCCAGAACAGACAUGCCCUACCCGUACCCCACCAGGCCGGCCCACGCCUCGCAGAUGCCCUCGUACCCGGGCAUGGGGGGCCGCGGGGACGACAUGGACGGGAUGAGACCCGGUCCGGAGGGCCAGUGGCCGGGUCACCGCGGCGGUCAGUCCCCCUUCAUGUCCUCGUCCACCGGUGGUCCUAUGGUGUCCAUGAGCUCCAGGCAGCCGCCGUCCCCUUACCAGACCAACGCGUCAAUGGCCAACCACGUGUCGCGCGCCCCCAGCCCGGCGUCUUACCAGCGCUCCCUGGAGGCGCACAUGUCCCCCAGCAAGGCCUUCAUGUCGGCCAUGAAGAUGCCAAAGCCAGGGAUGCCCGGGAUGCCAGGUGGAGGUUGCCCACCGGGCAUGAUGCCGCCUAACCUACACAAAGACCUGAACUACCCACUUGGUUCAGUGGAGUGCACCCAACCUGUGUUGAAGCCACGCCGCAAGCUUACCUCAAAGGACACUGGAACCCCUGAGGCUUGGCGUGUGAUGAUGUCCCUGAAGUCAGGCCUGCUGGCAGAGAGUACAUGGGCUCUGGACACCAUCAACAUCCUCCUUUAUGACGACAGCACCAUAGCCUCCUUCAAUCUCUUACAGUUGCCUGGCUUUCUGGAGCUCAUCGUGGAGUACUUCAGGAGGUGCCUGAUCGAAAUAUUUGGCAUCCUGGAGGAGUAUGAAGUGGGGACCUUCGCUCAGAAGAGCCUUCUAGGUCCUAUAGAGGCUGAGGAUGAGGAGGAAGAGGAGCAGGAGCGCUUAUAUAUUGAAGAGGACACCUGUGAAGCAAUGGAGGUGCAGAGCACCCCAGUGGCAGCAGCAGCAGAAACCGCAGCAGAGGCAGUGGAUGAUACAGCAGCAGUGCCAACAACCAUCGUUUCAACAACCACAGACACAGUUGCACAGCAGACAAUGGAGGAGGAGAAAAAGGAGGAGAAAUCAGCUGAAGACAAAAAGGCACAGCAGGAAAAAGAGAAGGACCUGAAGGUGGAGGAGAAGGAGAAGGAGAAAGAGAAGGAGGAGAAAGGAAAAGAAAAUGGUGAAGACAGCUCAAAACAUGAGGAAGAGAAGUCAACUCCCGAGCCUACACCAGAGGUUAAGCCUGAGUCUAAAGCUGAGUCUAAAGCUGAGUCUAAGCCAGAGUUUACGCCUGAAGCUAAGAGUUAUUGUAAACCUGAGUCUAAACUUGAAUCUAAACCUGAAUCUACGUCUGAAUCUAAACCUGAGUCUAAGUCUGAUUCUAAAUCGGAGUCUACACCUGACUCUAAAACUGAGUCUACUACGCCCGAGUCUAAAGCCGAGUCCACACCACCUGAGUCUAAACCUGAGCCUGAGCCCGAGUCUGCACCUGAGCCAAAGCCCAAACAGGCCAGCAAGUACGACAAGUUCCCCGUCAAGAUCACCCAUAAGGACGACUUCCUGGAAGACAUCUCGGCCCGCCUGGGCCACGUCCAGAAGUUCCGCAGCGGCCUCCUGCACUGGCAGGCAGGCGGCGGAGACUCCACCGCCCACAUCCAGACCCACUUCGAGAGGCGCUGCGAGGACUUCCAGAUGCCCGUGUUGACCAACCAGAACCAGAGCAACAGCAGCGGCGUCAGUGGGCCGGAGCAGGACGGCAAAGACGGAGAGGAGGAGGAGGAGAGAAGUAGGAGAAGCAUCGUGGCCACCAUCGACGACGUCCUGUCCUCCCACGCGGGAUCCUUACUAGAGGGAGAUGAUAAUGCCGACUCCUCCAACACCUCCUCCACCACCACCAGCACCACCACUCCAUACCCUUUCCGCCUCCACCAGGCCCAGAGCCAGAAGGGCCUCACCCUACUGGAGGACGAGGCCCGCUGCCUGGACGAGGCGCCGCUCUCCACGGCCGCCGGCUGGCAGGACUCGCUGGCCAAGCGCUGCGUCUGCAUCUCCAACAUCGUGCGCAGCCUGUCCUUUGUGCCGGACAACGACCGGGAGAUGUGCAAACACCCGGGCCUGGUGCUCAUCCUGGGACGCCUGCUGCUACUCCACCACCUGCACCCGGAGCGCAAGAGGCACGCGCCGCCCUACGAGCAGCAGUGGAGGGAGGAGAAGAAGGAGGUGGAGGAGCAGGAGGAGGAGUGCAGACCCAAGGAGCCCGAGGGGCAGGAGGAGGUGGGGACGGUGGGGCGCAAUGUUGAUGAUGGUGAGAAGUCUGCGGCCUGCAGCCGGGACGAGUGGUGGUGGGACUGCCUGCUGGCGUUGCGCGAGAACGCCAUGGUGACUCUGGCCAACAUCAGCGGGCAGCUGGACCUGUCGCAGUACCCGGAGAGCAUCUGCAUGCCCAUCCUGGACGGGCUGCUGCACUGGAUGGUGUGCCCGUCGGCCGAGGCCCAGGACCCCUUCCCCUCGUCGGGCCCGCAGCACGCCAGCUCCUCCCUGAGCCCGCGGCGCCUGGUGCUGGAGUGCCUGUGCAAGAUGAGCGUGCAGGACGGCAACGUGGACCUGCUGCUGGCCACGCCGCCGCUGGGCCGCCAGGAGAAGCUCUUCAACACGCUGGUGCGGCUGGUGGGCGAGCGCAAGCACCAGACGUACCGCGAGAUGGCCGUGGCGGCGCUGUCCAACAUGGCGCAGGGUGACCCGUCGGCCGCGCGCGCCAUCGCCGUGCAGAAGGGAAGCGUGGGAAAUCUGAUGGGCUUCCUGGAGGAUGGCGUGGCCAUGGUGCAGUACCAGCAGAACCCACACAGCCUGCUGCACAUGGGCCACCCGCCCAUGGACCCGCCCAACGGCAACAUGAUGUGCUACGCUGCCAAGGCUCUACUCGCCCUGGCCAAGGUGGAAGAGAACCGGCCCGAGUUCGCGCUGUACGAGAGCCGUCUACUAGACGUGGCCAUCUCCUCUGUGCUGCCCUCCACCGUGGCUGCCAUCACCUGCGAGGUCCUCUUCCAGAUUGGCCGCUCGUGACACCACAGGCUACGCCCCCAUAUGGUUAUGCCCCUCCCUCAGACCCAUCACUCCACUUGAGGCCAACAGACUACAAGAAAGAACCAGAACCGGAUCGAACUGGGCAAAAAAUCACAGGGAAAUCAGUGAUUUUAUAUUUUUAUUUAAGACAAAGGAAGGACUGAGCGUAAGAGACGUUUUUAUAUAUGAAAAUAAAUAUAAAUAUAUAUGUGUAUAUCUUCUCUGCAUAAUUAACAUUUUCAUUUCAGUAUUUGGGGAAAAACAAAAGAAAAUGAAAUAAUUUUAAUACAGAUAUUUAAUACUUGCUGUUAAUGUAUUUCAGUGUUUGCCUUUUUUCUUGUUCUUUUUUAUUUCGCCAAAGCUGUUUUUUGUCAUUUGAAAAAUGAUACAAAGUUCUGUUUCCAUUAGUUUUUUUUACAUUUUGGAAUUUUAUAAAUGUUCCUGUCAGCACCUGUGACUUUUCUUUGAAGGGACGAUUUAUUUAUGUUGUGAAAUCUUGUAGAUAUAACUUCUGUUUUGCCAUCUGGUAAGAAAAAAAAACACUGAUUUUACAAAAAAUUGUAAUGUAUCCAUCUCUGAAAAAAAUAAUAAUUGUGCAAUAGGAUGUAGGGGGAGUUGCCUUAUUUUGGGGUAACUUCGAGAUGUGAAACGUCAAAGUCUUUUGUUUGUAACAACAUGCAGUCCAUGAUUUUACCAUGGGUAGGAGCUGUUGCACCAGUUACGUGGGAUAAAUAAUCAUCUGCUUUUUUCAAUCAAAAAAAACUGGCUUUGCAGCCUUGCUACUAUCAUUGACACAGACUGAUUGAAAAACUUUUGGAAAAUGAGCUAUCUCUAAGCACUUGUAUCGCUUUGAUCCUGCCUCCCCUCUUCCCGAUGAAGAUGCUAUGUGUAAAUAUAAAAUUGUACAUUGGAAAAAACACUUAUUUUGUUUUCAUUUGAAUUUUACGUUAGUACACUAUGUCCUUUUUUCAGAUGUGGUACUACA